AUGUUCCAUGCCAUCGUUGCCCUUUCCAUCAUCCUGUGUCUUGUCACAGCAGGACCACCCAUCCCCGUCCACUCAAUGGCGUAUGCGACCGUCAACGAAAAGACGCUCUACAUCCAAGGAGGCGACCCAGGGCAAAUACCUUUCGCCAAUCAAUUCUGCGCCCUGGAUCUCACCCAACCCAACUGGAACACCUCCAAUCCACCCUGGACCAUUCUUGGCGCCGGUGCAGGCUUCACUGGGGCCCCUUCAUCCGCCAACCACCUUAUGACCGUCGCCGAUUCCGGUCAAUCCCUGAUUAUCUGGUCUUCCGUGGACCGCAACAACGUCGCUACCAAAUCAAGUGGCAUAGUCGAGUACAAGCUCUCCAGUUCGACAUGGCUCGCGCGACAAGAUUCGGGUGAUGCGAAUGGUACUUUUGCGACUUACCCUGGCUUCGCAAAGUCUGGGGCGACGGAUCCGGGAACGAACCUCGUUUACAUUCCUGCAGUCUAUCAGAAGGAUACCGGUAUGAUUGUCUUCAACACCACAGAAGCGGCAAUAUCGAACGACUUUGAGAAUUCUACCACAACGGCUCCGAUGCCGCCCCCCUUGGUCGAAGGACGAGUUCUUACAGGACAUAGUACCGUCUGGAGUGGAUACCGCGGGAGCUUGCUGGUCUAUGGUGGCAGAUACGAGGUGCCCCCUACAACCAACUCUACAACGGCGCCCCUGCAACCAGCAGUGUUUUCGGAUCGACUCGUAGAGUACAAUCCAACACAAAAGAACUGGACCAUCAUUGAAACUAAGGGUGGAUCACCAGGAAAAAUUGCCCGCCACUGUAUGGUUCAGGCAGAUGAAGGUCACAAGAUGAUCGUGUUUGGCGGGUCAACAGGAACAGGAGCAACCAUUGUUCCACAAGGAGGCAUCUACAUCCUUGACAUCCCUUCAUGGACAUGGAGCCAAGGUACUUCGGUCGACUCUUCCGGUUUUCGUGCAGCUAUGGCAUGCUCAGUCGCAGCGGACAACUUUAUCGCCUGGGGAGGAACGGAUGGUAAUAACACCUUGAGCUCCAUGAUUAUUUACAACCUCAGCAGCGAACAAUGGACGACUCAGUUCUCCCCUGGCAGGCAGAGCCCUAGUACGAGUUCCGACAAAAGUCAUCUGGGUGGCAUCAUUGGAGGCGGCGUUGCUGCUGCAGUAGUUGUCGGAGCUAUGACAGGAUAUAUAAUCUACAGGCGCCGCAGGUGGCGUACUCUCCAGGAUCAAGUCUCUCUCCAGGAUUACGAAACGCAGGGGCAGGAUUCCAGGAAACAAGGAUACGAUCUUGACGCCAUAAAGCGCGACCCUCAUGAGCCAGUCGAUCCUCUGACAUCUACGAGGAUUCGAAGGGAUCCGGCGACUACACCCCUGGAAACGGAGCUCCAUUUCCCUCCAGGUCAUCAAAUACGGAACCCCGAAUAUGCACCCAUUGUACACUUUCAGGGAUUUCAACGGACGGACCCUCAAUACAGCGAUACGCCUCUGCGAGAACCCUGGAGGAAUCCACACGGUAUGGCGAUUCCAGAGCACAUUAACGAGGACGAGACGUUACGGCGGCAAUGGAUCCUUGAGCAACAGCGAGCUGCCCUUUAUCAACAGCAGCAAAAAGAACAGGCGGAGAUUUUUCAACAACAGCAGCAGUUGUAUUUGGGUGAACUGGAUAGGCUGCGGCGAGAGUACGAACAAUUGCAAGCCAGUACACCCUCUACACCCUUUACACCUACUAUACCCAGGAGAUGA